CAACAAUUUUACGUUUUUUAUAUGAAUUAUUAUUUCGUUUGAAAGUGUCAUCUGAUUUGAUAAUUUCAGAUGAAAAAAAUGAGGAGUGUAUUUUUUAAUCGUUCUCAUCUUAAACGUUUUUUUCUAUUGAUUUGUGUUUUAGUCGUUUUCCUGAUAGGUCGGGUUUUGUGGAAGAAAGAGAACAUUCAUCAUAUUUUUGAAGGCAAUGGCAGUUUGCGCUUUCACGAAGAUUUGUCCGAAGGUGACAGCAACCAUUACUUGACUUUUAAAAACAGACAGUUUUAUCUCGGCGGCAAACCAUUGACGAUUUUAAGUGGGGCUGUUCACUACUUCAGAAGUGUUCCCGAGUAUUGGAAAGACCGGUUGCUCAAAGUGAAGGCUUGCGGACUGAACACAGUAGAAACCUAUGUCCCGUGGAAUGUUCAUGAACCUGUGCCUGGACAUUUCGACUUCACUGGAAUGCUAGAUAUACGAAAAUACAUAAAAUUGGCACAGGAAGUUGGACUCUAUGUUAUUCUGCGACCUGGACCCUAUAUUUGUUCAGAAUGGGAUUUCGGAGGUUUGCCAAGCUGGUUACUGGCAGAUCCUAAUAUGAGAGUUCGUACGAAUUACCAUGGAUACCAGAAAGCAGCAAAAAGUUACCUCAGUCAACUUCUUUCAAGAGUUGUUGAUUUGCAGUUUUCAAAUGGAGGACCAAUCAUUGCAGUCCAAGUGGAAAAUGAAUACGGUUCUUACAGCAAUGACACCAAUCACCUGACGUUUCUCAGAGAUGUUCUUCAUAAGAAUGGCAUCAUUGAGCUGUUGGUGACAUCGGACAAUUUGGACGGUAUGAACAGAGCGCCUUUCUAUAAAGAUGCACUUCCAAUGGCCAACUUUAAGUCACUGGAAAAUGGGCUAGCAAUUUUUGAGAAAAUCAGAAAGCUGGACGAUAAUUUUCCAUUGAUGGUGUUGGAAUUCUGGACUGGCUGGUUCGACCACUGGGGACACACUCACAAAGGAUUUGAAAUAGAAAAAUACAAGUCAGUCUUGGAAGGAAUUCUUCAUCAAAAGUCGUCUGUCAAUUUCUACAUGUUUCACGGUGGAACGAACUUCGGGUUUAUGGCUGGGGCCAAUUUCUUUGAUGACUACAAACCUGAUGUCACAAGUUAUGAUUAUGAUGCUCUUCUGUCGGAGGAUGGGAAUGUCACAAAGAAGUAUUUGGCUACAAGAGUGAUGCUUAUGGAGCUUGUUCUCAAGCAACAAGGAAUUCAGAGCCUGCCUCAAGUCCCACCCAUGACUCCUAAAGCAGGAUACGGAAUUCAGAACCUGCCCCAAGUCCCACCCAUGACUCCUAAAGCAGGAUACGGAAGUGUGAAAGUGGUUGAAUAUCUGUCAUGGCAAGACAUGUUAGAGGCCAUUGAUAACACUGUGUUAGUCGACGAGCCGACAUGGAUGGAAAUGCUGAAGUUUCAAUCGGGGUUCGGACAGAGUUACGGGUUCAUUGUUUAUCAGAAACAGAUUGCCAGGGGAGAUAACCUAAAACUGUCCGGUUUCGUACAAGACAGAGCGCAGAUUUUGCUUGAUGCCCAACAAGUUGCCAUGGUAACGUGGUCUGAUAGAGAUCCUAGUGUAAGGAUACAAAAUCAAAAGUCGUUAGCCACCUUGGAUAUUGUUGUGGAAAAUCUGGGACGUGUGAAUUUUGUUCGCUUUGGGUCGAACCGACUGAAUGAACAGAGAAAAGGGAUUAAUGGAACAGUCUAUCUCGACAAGUCCACAUUGCAAAAAUGGAAAGUGCUGCCUCUUGAUUUUAACAAGGAUUAUUUAUCCAGAAUAUCUUCUUCGACUCACUGGCAGGAGUUUAAAUCCAGUCGGGACAAACCACGGAUGUACAAGACUAUACUGAAGAUCGACAACGAGCCCAAGGAUACGUUUCUCUACAUGAAGGACUGGCAGAAAGGUGUGGUGUUUAUAAACGGCUUUAAUCUUGGUCGAUACUGGGAUAUCGGUCCACAACGUACUCUAUACGUUCCCGCGCCUAUACUGAAAAAGGGAGAUAAUGAGGUGUUGAUUUUUGAACAACACAGGUCAGCCAGCGAGGUCAGGUUUCAGUCGACACCGAUCCUGGGUUAGAAGCGAGUCGACUGGUUGUAUAAUUACACAGACCUGUCACACCGGUCCACAAAGUCAUUUCACCUAAUAGCUCUAAUGUCUUCUAAUCCAACAACCCUGUUUAUAUGUCUGAUUAACAAAGAGUCUGCAGUGGCGGAUCUAGAAAAUAAUAAUAGGGGGGUAGCUGGAUUGGGAUGGUGUGAACUGGCGAGGGCUUAUGGUAAAUAUAACAUUAAACGUCACAGAUACAAACGUAACAUUUUGUCUGUGACACCAUGUUUAAUGUAUUUUGCUAAAAAUGGCAAAUGUUGAUUAUUACAGCGACUGCGAUUAAUUCGUAAAAAUUCAUUAAAUAUGUUUGGAAUGAACAUUAAAAAAAAAUUGCCCAGGAAGGGAGGGGGUGGCUAGCCCUAUUCACCCCACAGGAUCCACCACUGGUCUGAAACACUGUAGCCUUCCACUAAAAUAAUCAGUCUAAGGGUUUCAAGAGGUCUCUUUUCAGACUUCUUGCCCUACCCCUCUCAGAAAUCACACAUCUGCCCUGGGAUUGAGCAAGGACUGACAGAGUUAGAGAACACUCAACUCGCUACUCAGCAGUACCGUUUAUCUCGCACUCGUGAAUUGAUGUUAUCCUUCCCGAACUGAACAAAGGCCAUGGUAUGUGCUUUCCUGUCUGUGGGAAUGUGCAUAUAAAAGAUCCCUCGUUACAUUAGGAAAAAUGUAGUGGAUUUCCUCCGAUGAAUACGAGUUGGAAUUACCAAAUGUUUGACAUCCAAUAGUUGAUGAUUGGUUAAUCAAUGUGCUCUAGUGCUGUUGUUAAACAAAAUAAACUUGUUUUUUUUUUAAAACAUCACUUGUCUUUCAUGUCUGCUGUGGAACAUGCAUCACAUCGUUGUGUCUAUCCCAACCAGUGACCCAUGACUGGUGUAUCAAAGGCCAUGGUAUGUGUUACCCUGUCUGUGGGAAAGGACAUAUAAAAGAUCUCUUACUGCUAAUGGCAAAAAUGUAGCCGGUAUCCUCUAAGACUAUCAUGUCAGAAUUAUAAAAUGUUUGACAUCCAAUAGCCGAUGAUUAACAAAUCAGUUUGCUCUAGUCGUGUCGUUAAAGAAAACAAAAAUUAAAAUUACAUCGAUAUGUGCGUGUGUUUUGUGUCUG